GUACUCUGGCUUUUAAAUUCACUAUUAGAUUAUUCAUCAAUGGUGAAAAUAACAAUAGCUUGAGCGCCUAAGAAGAUUUUGGCGAGUUUCUGCUUGUAACAGUUUUGUCCAACACACACGUUUUGCCCUACUGACCAGAUUUAACUGAAAAAUAAAUGUAAAAAUGGGGUGAUAAUAUGGAAAUGUCAGAAUAUAUUAAUACGUUUAUAAUGGUGGAGAUAAAAUAAAUGAAAGUAUUAUACUCCUUGAUUAGGUAGGGAGAAGCGUCCAAAUUAUACCUUUUAGGCCCAAUUAUUAUAAUAAUCUAAGAGAUGUGACAGCUGAAAAAGAACUAUGAACUCUUCAAAUCUAAAGGGUUAACUUAAUAGAUAACGGUCAUAUACCUGAAGCCUCGACUGUUCUAGUUCUUGAAUAGGUCAGGAGGAAUCGUCCAAAUUAUACCUUUUUAGACAUCAUUAAAAUAAACAGAGAGAUGUCACAUGCAUCAUGACUUCUUCACCUCCUUACUAUUAUUUUGACAAGCUCGUUUCUAUCUUAAUCUCUAUAUAAACACAUCAUGAUUUAGCUUAUUCAUAUCAGCAACUCACCCACCUCACGAAUUAAACACCUUUUGGUUUUUUAAAACUACAAUUUACAUUUUUAGAGAGGGGUAUGGCUAGGAAGAGAAAGCUAGCCACUGCUGAAGAACAGAAUCCUGAAUUCAACAUUGCCUGGGGCGGGAUGUUAACCGAGGCAGAGGUAACUGCAGCACUAGGCGGCCCCCGACAAGCCCGGAAGAAGUUUAUCGGGGUCCGCCAACGACCAUCUGGCCGAUGGGUUGCAGAAAUCAAGGACACCAUACAAAAGAUUAGAGUAUGGUUAGGCACCUUUGACACUGCUGAGGAAGCGGCUCGAGCCUAUGAUGAAGCCGCUUGUUUGCUACGCGGAGCCAACACUCGCACGAAUUUCUGGCCUUCUCAACCGUUCUCUACCACAUCCGCCCUUCCGUCCAAAGUCACAAGCCUUCUUCUUCGUAGGCUUGAAGCCCGGAAUAGGUCUUUAACAGCAGCUGCAUCUUCACAAAGUACUUCUUUGCUGACCAUUAAUCAUCAUGAUGAGGUGGCACGACCGGAUGAAUUUGGAGACAACGUUGAAGCGUUCUCAGAUGCGUGCUUUACCGACUUUCUCAGGGAUCUUGAUGGGUGCCUACCUAUCAAUGAUACAAGCAAUCUUUACUGCAACACGAGCUUUGAAUCAUCUAUGCCCGUUCAUGUGAAUCGUUGUGAUGAUCAAGUGGUAGCUCCGUGUUCAAGUGAAGAUACAAAUGGCGGAAGUGUAAUACAAGAAGACGAAGAAGAAGAAGAAGAAGAAGAAGAAGAAACAAUCGUUCAUCUGAAUUGUUGUGACGAUCAAGUAGUGGGUCCGAGUUCAAGUGAAGAUACAAGUGGCGCAAGUGGAAUAAAAGAAGAUGAUGAUGAAGAAGAAGCGAUCGAUUUCAAGUUUAUUGAUGAAGUUGGAUCUGCUUGCAACUUUUCUCCAUUUGAUAUAGCUCAAGAAGCUGAUUUGAUUCCAAGGGAAGAAGAAGAAAAGCCGUUGACAAUAAGUGAAGCAAUGAAAAGGAUGAAAUACGAGCGCAAGUUCUCGGCUUCUCUUUAUGCUUUCCAUGGUAUACCUGAGUGCUUAAAGCGCAAAUUCGGGUCCAAAAUGCAAAGUCGAGCAAAUGAAGAAGCCAAAAAAGUUGAGGUUGUGAUGGUUGAAAGUAAUAAGGCAAGUGAUGUGGGUUCGGUGAGUGGUGGAGAAUUGUCACUUUGGAGCUCCCUCGAUCUUCCUACCAUUUACUAUUUUAGUUAGGAAUCGAGCUUAGUGUUUAUAUAGUAUAUGAGACUUGUUGGUUGUUCGAAUAGUGAGAAAGAAACAUAAUCCUAAAGAAUGAAUAUACCUAAUAAUUUGUUUCCAAAUGUUCUACUAUCACAACCUCAACUUCCUUAUUCAUUUGGACCGAAAUUUUCAACUUGUUUAAGUAUUUGAGUACUCUUUUUGUUCUGAUCAUAGUUUUAGAUACGAGACCGAGCUAGGCUUGAUGUGACUGAAUACUCGUUUUUAGGUUUUCCUUGUUGUCUAGGAUGUAAAAUAGCUUUUUUCAUA